AAUCUUGAACGUCAUUCGGCCACCAUCAACGGCUGGGGCUUUUUCAAAGUUACUGUAAAAUUCCCGGUUUCCAUAUAUAAGCAAGUCAAAAAAGAACAAAACGCUGCCCCACAAAACAAUUCUAAAGUCAAAUUCUUCUUCCCCGAAACACCCCUAAACAUUUCCCGAAAUCCCAACAAUGUCCAACCCUCCUCUCUCCGCAGCUAUCGGCGCGUAUAUCACAACCAUUUCCGACAUUCUGAGAAGCGCCGUCACCCGCCGACGCCCGUGGUUCGAACUCUUCGACCUCUCCACCAUCUCCCGGCCUUCCUCCCUUUCCGACGCCACGGUUCGUGGCCGCAAGAACCUCUCCUACUUCUGCGCCAACUACGCCACCAUGCUCGUCACCGUACUCGCGUUUUCCCUCCUCUCUCACCCGCUCUCUCUCCUCACCCUAGUCUCCCUAAUCGCAGCGUGGCUCCUCCUCUACAUCUUUCGCCCCCCAGAUCAACAGCUCGUCAUCUUCAACCGCACAAUCUCCCAUCGGGAUGCCCUAUGGAUCCUGAUCGCAUUCACAUUCUCCGUAAUCUUUUUCACAAGCGUCGGAUCAUUGUUAAUGUCGUCAACUCUAAUUGGUUUCGGCAUUGUCUGUGUUCACGCGGUGUUUAGGGAUCCGGAGGACUUGUUUCUCGAUGAUACAGUUUUGGCUAAUUCUGGAUUGUUCUCUGUCGUCCUUAAUGGGAGCGCCGCCGCACCCACCGUCGUCUCCAAAGUUUGAUUAAUUGAUCUGGCACAGCAGUUGGGAUUGUGAAGUAAUCCUGUUCUUACGGGGGGCCUUCAGUUGGGAUUGUGAAGUAAUCCCGUUCUUACGGGGGGCCUUUUCGGGGAAUUUGAAGUUUCUAAAGGGAAUUGUUGCCCAUAGUGUGAUUUUUUUUUAAAACCAUUGUAACACUGAAAUAGUGACGUUUACAUUGCAACUGUCUUAAUCAUGUAAUUUCCAAGUAUUCUUUGUAAAAGUAAUAUAGAAAAAAAAAAUUGAUUUAAUCGAAUAAA